AUGGUUCGUUUACAAAUUCUACUACUAGUAGUGUCAGCUGUACUAACCACUGUCUAUUCAAUAGACAACGAGGAUUUAAAUACAACAGUUCCUCCGAAGUCCGAGGCCAGGCUUAUCUACAGUAUUAUACAAAGAAGACGACACAAAGUUCCUCAUGCAGAAAUCACAGAAGAAGAUGCCGGAAGGUACUUCCGGAAACCAUCUCAGACAACAACCGCACCAUCAAUAUUUUCAAUGAAAGUUGAAAAUACGUAUCAACAUGUGUACCCGAACGUGAGAUCAUCAGACGAACAAAUCCAUCUUAACCGAAACCAAACAAGUGUCGAUGACACUGGUUUGUCUUCAAAGCCCUCCUCUAUAAAAAUACCUAUGGAACGAAUUGUCAUGAGAACAAAAAAUUUAAGCAGAAGAAUACCAUUUGCAAAACGAUAUCAUCCUGCUGUUGCUCAACCGAUUACAAGUUUUAACGAUAAUCAUCUAGAAGAACAUAAGGUUGAAACUGAAUCUACAUCGACAACUACAACUUCAACAACAACGUCAACUACACCAGAGCCUGUGGUACUAGAAACAACUGAUAUGGAACAAAUAAGAAAAGAAUCUGUUGAAGAUUUCCAAAUUGUGGAUUCUUUCCCCUCAAAGACAUUAGAAAUUUCUCAAGAUGUAAUGUCUGAAAUCAAAAAUUCUAAAGAGUUUAGUGAGCUAAAACUUACGAGAACUACAAACAAUCCCAUUUCCACGUCAAUAAAGACAUUGGAAGAAACUGAAUUUUUCCCAGCUUCUAUUUAUGUUCCAAAUAUAAUAUCUCACACCCGAAGACGACGACCACAUUUAGCUAAAAGAGUACAAAUGCAACCUAUCAAAGAAACACUGACAGUUAAUAACAAUGUGGUCUCGUCUACUUUGGCACUUACAGGAGAUGUUACUACUGAAAAGGAACAAGGAAAGAAAACGAUUUCUCCGUCUCAUGAGUCAGUUUCACCGUCUAUUGUCAAAAAACCAAAACUACGACGACCAUUAAUGAACAGGGAUUCACUGAAUAGUGGUACACAAAAAUUUAGUUCGGAGGAGUUAAGAAGACAACAAACUUAUACAUCUCUAGAUGAAUCACAUACAACUUCAAGUCAAGAAUCUCUCUUCACUCUGAAUGUCGAAAAAUUAGCAUCACUUGUACCAAUGACUUCACCAAAACCACCACCAGUACCCACAUUAUCUCCUUGGUACGAUGGCUUUGGUAAAUAA